AUGCAUCCGAGCAACCGGCGCCGUGACGACAUUGGUGUCAUGGUCGAGAUGGCCGAGUCGUCCACGACCUUUCUCGCGCCGGAACACGCGCAGUGCGACAAUGGAGAGGACAAGUCGUUUCCGCCGAGUCUACGGCGACGCUAUGCGAGCGCCCUCGAUCCACACCGGUCGACGUUUCGCCAUACGACGUCGCUCCAACACGAAGCCGCCAAGGACCAAAAGCUCCGCGAGCUCGACGAGGUGGCCGCGACCCUCGAUAUGUGGCGAGACGACCACGACUCGAUGGUCAAAGCACUGCGCACCAAGGUGCGCGACUCGAUGCUGUUUUCGCUGCUGCACAACGACGCGACCGCCGGCAUGGACGAGUGGGACCGUGAUGUGAUCCAAGACGAGAAGAAGAAGCUGUUGCAACACCCCGUGAUGCGCCUCAUCGUACUCCUCAAGUGGCGGGCGUUUGGUGUUCGCAUGUUUAGCGAGCAGCUCCUCAUGCACUUGCUGCUGCUUUUGACGCUCACGGUGUCGCUCACUAUCUCGCUCGGGACUAUCCAAGGGGAUCCAAAAGACGAUCCAGAUGGCGACAAAGAGUUCAAGAAAAUUGCUGGCUCUUGGCUCUGCGGCACCGCGCUUCUGCUCUUGUCGCUGCUCGUGACGCGCUUCUUGACGUGGCAAAACAAAAAGGCAUGUGCGAUCACCGCCAUCUCCCUCAACCUCGACCACCUCGUUCAGCUCUGCGACUCGUUGACGUUUGUCAAACUCAACAAUGGGCUCGUCGGUCUCUGCGCCGUCUACUUUUGCAUCUUUGAGCUCCGCGAGCUCGCCGCCGACUAUCCCGACUACGCCGUCUUUCUUUGCGGCGACUCGCUCAUGUACUGGCGCCUUGUCCAUGUCCCAACCCACUUUGUCACGUCGAUCUACAAGCUCGUCUGCACCAAGACGCCGUCGCCGUACCUCGAGUCGUACUGGAAUCGCAUCCAGCUCCCGCUCUUUUUGCUUGUCCUUGUCUACGCGCUCUGCGAACUCUGGACGUAUUUCCCGUUCGAGAUGUGCGUCUACCUCGGCAUCCCGAUGCACUUCGUGCUCUGCCUCAUGUGCGUCCAGUAUCUGGAAGCCUUCCGCGAUGUCGGGUACCUCCUCCCGAUGAUGCGGCGUAUGCUCACCGACGUCUUCCGCUACUUGGCCUUUUACCUCCCGAUUCAGUGCGGCUACGCCUGCGCCUACUACCUCCUCUUCAAGAGCCAAGGCGAGAACCUCAAGCCAUCUUCCCGGGCGCCAACACCACAGACGAGACCCUGGUGA